AUGCAAUUCACUUCAUUAGCCACCGUUGCCAGCUUGUCUGCUUAUGCUUCAGCCGCUGCUUACCAGAAUGGUACUGUUGUCACUGUUGAUCUCACUGUUACCGGUUACACCACUUACUGCCCAGAGCCAACAACCAUUACUCUCACAGUUUGUGAUCAGCCUGAUAUCUGUUCAGCCAAAGAAAUCGAAGUCACUGAAGCAAUGACUGUUACAAUUACUGAAGAAUGUGUCAUCUCAACUUCUUAUACUACUAACGAAAUCACCAUCACUAAGACUGUCUGUGAUGAGUGUGUUGCUGCUGCUCCUACCAAAGUUGCCCCAGUUGAAUCUCAACCUGCAGUCGUUGAGUCUAAAGCCGCUCCAGCUGAAACCGUUGCACCUACUGUAGCAGCCCCAGUUAAAACUGCUCCACUUGAAAUCGACACCACUUCUACUGUAGCAGCCCCAGUUAAAACUGCUCCACUUGAAAUCGACACCACCUCUACUGUUUACCAAAAUGUUACUUCAUACGAAGGUGCUGGUGCUAAGAACGCUGCUGGUGUUGCUGCUGGUUUGGUAGCUAUUGCUGCCGCUUUGUUAUAA